AUGGAUGCCCUCUCCCGGACACCUUCCCCAGCUGCUGGCUCGGGCUCGGACUCCGACUCGGUCGUUGCCACGCCAAUGACGCCCCGGACCAAGCUCCGCGAGCUGUUCGCUACCAUUGAUGGCGGCAACGCUGGCAGCAGCGGCUCUGACCACGAGCGUGAGAGCAAUGAGGAGAACAAGACCCCAAGCCGCAAGGCCAGGAAGACCAGCGCGCAGCUGUCAGCCAGAAAGUCGCCACGGUUCGCAGACGCGUCCACAUUCGCCCGCGUCCAAGCGGCAUCUACACCUACCACAUCUCCCCAGAAAACGAGACAGUCCAGCCGAUCACCACGGGCCACGUCGCCUCUUGUUCGUGCUGGAGUACUGGCUGCCAGCAGCGAUGAGGACAGCGACAUGGAAGUCCGGCCACGCGGCCGAUUUGCGGCCCGCAUGCAAGCUGCGGUGGCAACUGACAGCACAACGGCAACGACCGAGCCACCCGCCGACAAUGCCCGCGAACGCGUCAAGCGGAUGCUGCAGCAGGCUGUUGACGCCGGCAAGCAACAGGGAGAGGACGAGACCGUGGCCAAGAGCCAUGAGGAUACGACCAACGAUGCCGAGGAUGAGGAAGACCUCCCGGUAGCAGCGCGGCCCCGCAAGCGACUGACCAACCUGCGCACGGCCCGGCGCAGCGCGUCCGCCUCGUCUCGCCAAUCCGUCUCGCCCUCUCGGUCAAACCGCGAGGACUCACCCCCCAUGUUCGUGACGCCGAGCAAGCAGGCGGAUCGGGAAGACUCUCCUGACAUGUUCGUGACGCCCGAGAAGGGUGGCGACGACGUCAGCGGCGCUGCCGAUUCUGCUGCCCCUGGCCGUAAUGCACGUUUCCAGGCGCUUGUGGCCCGCAAACGCAAAGAAGCACGCGCCCUCGAGGAGGCCGAGGACCGCAAGCGGGCAGCACGCAUGGCUGCCAUGGCCGACGACAGCGACAAUGACGAUGACGACGAGGCCAUGGGUGGUCUGGACGAGGACGACGAUAUUCUGAUGCGCGAUGCCGAGGGCGCCGAUGACAACCCGUCGGACAUUACGGACGACGAGGGCGGCCGGCGUCUGACACAAAAGAUGGCUGGUGCGCGCCCCGAGCGUAAGGCCAGCAAGAAGGCCAUCGAGGAGAUGCACCGCGAGACGCAGCGCAUGGCCCGCAACCUGCAGCUGGCCCACGAAGCCAAGACCCGCAAGAAGGUCACGAAGGCGUCUCUGUUUGAGCGCUUCAACUACCACCCGACCGGCGCUGCUGCUGCAUCGGCUGCGCCCGCUGCCAAGGAGCCAACCAGCUCCAGCCGGCCGACAUCGCCCGCCUCACCCCAUAACAAUACGGACUCGGAGAUGCGUGCCGGUGCAGACACGCCGCCCAGCUCGCCACCAGUGCCGGUGGUGCCUGAUGUGGCUUUCGACAAGGCCAAGGAGGCGGCAGUGACGACGGCGACGACGAUCGGGUCGGCUGAGUCGGCCGAUGCCGCCCUCGCCGUCCCCAAGCUUGACAAAGGCAAGGGCAAGGCCGUUGAAGCGUUUAUUGGUGAUGAGCAGCCCAAGCCCGAGCUGAAGCGCACCAUCCGCGUGCGCAUGCCCGCCGUGCAGACCAACCUAGUCAUGAUCGACUCGGAUGACGAUGGCGAACUGGAGAUUGUGCAGACUGCUAAGAGCAAGCUCGACAUCCUCUUCGACAACGUGCCUCUCAAGCGGAACCAGGAGCCGCGCUCAAUGUACGCGCUGCGCCGCCUUGCCCAGAUCGGCUCCCCCGGCAAGAAACCGCGCGCCCGGCCCUCCGCCCGCAGUGCGAAGAAUGCCUCCGGCGCUGGUGACCUGACCCUGAGUGAGCUGCAGCAGUCCCUACAGGACCGUGCCCGCCUGCAGGCCAAGCUGGAACGCGAAGAGCGCCUGGAUAUGCUGCGCGCCAAGGGUGUGCGUAUCCAGACCGAUGAGGAACGCGAGCGCGAGCUGGAGGAAGUCGACGACAUUGUUGCGCGCGCGCGCCAGGAAGCCGAGGAGCUGAUGCAGCGCGAGCGCGACGAGGCCAAAAAGGAGAAGAGGGGCGACGGUGCGGAUGCCGUGCCUGAUGUUCUGGACUGGGACGAGAGCGAGGAUGAGGACGACUACGAUCCUGAUGCGGAAGAGGAGGAAGAGGAAGUGGAGGAGCGGGAGAUUGAGCUGUCUGGUUCCGAGGACGAGGACGACGAGGAGAAGGAGGGCGACGAGGAGGUCCUGGCUGGCACACUUAUCGACGGUGAAGCCGAGUCCACGGACAACGACUCCGAGGACGGCAAGAACGAUGCGGAGGAGAAAGAGGACGACGAGGUGGACGCGGCCAAUGCUGCCGGCGUGCUUCCUACACCGACACGGCCCCGUCCUCGCUCCACCAAGCGGCGUGCUGCGCUUAUUGUCUCAGACGACGAGGACACAGCUGACGAUCACAACAAUACUCCUGCCGCUGCCAAGUCUGUGUUACUUCCGUUUGAGGCAAAGACGCCCGGCCCCAAGACCGCAUUCGUCAAGUCGCCGUCUGGUCUUGCAUCCAACAACGACUCGCCGCAGGUGCCCACGUCUGUCCUGCGCUCUGCCACGAAAACAUUCAUUCCCGGUCUGCCCGUCGCCGUGGGUGGUCCUGCGGGCCUGGGCCUGACCCAGAUCUUUGCCGGCACCAUGUCCGACAACAGCCAGAUGCCCGGCUCGCCCGGUGGUGUCGGGUCGCCGUCGCAAUUCAUGCCAACCCUGGGCAAUUUGGUCGACGCCGACUUUUCGCAAGUGGCUGCCAGCGAUGAGAAGACGAGCGCGGCUGCCGUGCUCGACAGCCAGCAGACACAGGAAUGGAUCAAGCGCAUGCAAGGUGGAAGCAGCAACAAUGCUGCCGACAGAAACGCCAACAACGCCAACAACAACAACGACAGCAACAGCAACAGCAACGAGAGCAACAGCGUCAACGGCGCCACCGGCCCUAGCCAGAUGGUGCAGUUCAACUUCUCGCAGUCCCAGGUGCACGGUCUCGACAGCCUGCUGCGCGAGCCGGACGUGAGCCAAAUGUCCCUGCUCGGCCCCAGCCAGGACAACGGGCCGCAGGAAUACACGCCCCUCAAGGUCCGCUUCAUCGAGCACCAGCCGUCGACCAUGGAGACGGUUGUCCUGGGCGAGGCGACGCAGCAGACACAGCCACUCACGCAGUCGCAGGCCGAGUCCCAGCCCGUUGUACCGUCGCCGUCGCCUGUUGUGCAGCGUCGACCGCGCGGCAGACUGUUCCGCAAGACGAACGUUGUCAAGAUUGUCGAAGAGGAGGAGGAGGAGGAGGAUGAAGAAGAAGAGGCCAUGCCCACCGACAACCAGUCCAUGGAGGCUGCAACGGCCUUUGCCAAGAUGCGCCAGGCAGCCCUCCAAAAGCAGUUUGACCGCAAGAGGAGCAAGGCCAAAGAGAUGGUCGAAGAGCAGGCCGAAGAGUCGGAGGAUGAGUACGCCGGUCUCGGUGGCGCGGACGGCGAGGACAGCGACAACGAGUCCAUGGCGUCUGUCAAGGACAUUAUCGACGACGACCAGAAGGUCUCGUCCACCGACAACGCCAAGUUGGCGGCAUUCUAUGCUGACCGCGAGCGCGAAAACGACGAGAAGCAGGUCGAGAAGCUGUUCCGCGACGUCACCACGGGUAUGCUGCGGCGUAAGCGCGGCGCGGGCGGCGCGGGCGACUACGACCUGUCGGACUCGGACGAUGGCGGCGAGGCGCGCCGGCGCAUGAAGCGGCGGCAGUUUGCGCGCAUGCAGCAGGCGCUCUUUGCCGACGAGCGCGUGUCCAAGGUCGCCGAGAACCCGCGCAACCAGGCGUUCCUGCGCACCAUUGAGGAUCGUGGCAGCGACGACGAGAUGGACUUUAUCUUUGACGGCGCGGCCGAGCAGCCCGCUGCUACGCCUACGUCUGCGACGGCGACCGCAUCUACCGCGUCGCCUGCUGUUCCUGGCGUAGACACGACUACGUCGAUCCCGGAUAGCCAGCCGUCUGGUCCACCUGCGGCGACCGCAGCCGCUGUGCAGAAGCAGCAGCAGAAUCACCCUCGGCGGCGCCGCCUGUCGGCCAACCCCGGUAAGAAGCCGGCCAACCUGGGCGAGAUCCGCGAGUCGCUGUCCAGCCUGCUCGAGGACUACCACAACGACGGCAGCAACCUGUCGAUUGUGGCGGAUUCGGAGUUUGGGUCCGACGGCGAAGAGCAGGAGGACGAUGGCAACAAGGAGAAUGAGCCCCUGGCGGCAGCUGGGGCGACAGGCGCCUCCGUCGUCCGCCGCCGCCCAGGCCGUAGCCACAAUGUCCAAGUUGUCGACCGCAUCAGCCUCAAGCGCAACAACAGCAACAUGUCGUCGGCGUCGGCGUCCUCGGCGGCAUCGACGUCGUCUUCGUCGGCAUCGAGUACGACGAUGGGCGGCGGCGCUGUUUCGAUGGGCCUGGGCCCGACAGGCUUCCGCGUGCCGGCUCUGUUGCGCCGGGCCACGACCAACUCGUUGGUAUCGAAUGGGAGCGCCAGCAGCAGCAGCAGCAGCAGCAACAGCAGCUCGAGCAACAACAGCACAAACAGCGACAAGAACAACAGUCACAACAGUGCCGGCAAGCUGGGCGACAAGGACGACGGCAAGAUCAAGAAGAACGCGAGCAAAAUGUCGGGCAUCCACUACUUUGCACGGGAGAAUGAGCGGCGGGCAGCCAUUGCGGCGAGCGACAAGCGGCGACAGGCCAAGAAGGCCAAGAAUGCCGAGGGCCGUGCCCGGGCGGUGGGCGGCCUGUUUGGCGCGGGCAAGUUUGAGUAA